AUGACCAAAGGCUUUAAAAGUACCAACAAGUUUCCUGCCGAUUCGGAAGGAAACCAUCAUCAGCAACAAGAGGAACAUCUUUUGGAUCAGCAGGCGUCAAUUUCUAACAUGAUGGUCAAACAACAUGAAUAUCAUGUCUAUCAACAACAAGAAUUUGAAAAGACUGUUUUUAAUAAGCCUACAUUAACAAUAGUGGAGGAGGAGAAGACUUCACUUCUCGAGAAUCAACAACAGGAUGGAAGGGAAAAUUUGGAAUUUGAUAAGGAGGAUACUCUGAGUACCUUUCUGUUGAAUAAAAAGAAACAAGAAGUAUCGGAUUUAAUAGAUUUGGGAAUUAGUCAUGAUGAAAGAUUGCAUAUUGAAGUAUCUAAAUUGAAACAAUUAAUAGAAUGGUUUUUAAAGGCAACAAAGGAAGAAACAUUUGUGGGAAGUCACAAGAUUUUGUCAAUCAUUGGAACAAUUUCAAGUAUUGUUGGACUCUUUUCAAUAUUUGAAAAUUAUAAUUUAUCAGAAAGUGCCAUGUAUCACUUGACAUCUAAUGCUGCCAUCUAUACUGCAGUACCUGCUGGAAGUGCCACUAUUUAUUUAUUAUUGGAAGAUUUAUUUCAAUCUCUGAAGGAUGUAAAUCAUGUGGAGGAUUUACCACAACUUGAAAUUCUCUCCAUUCUUGUCAAGUCUCAUGCUUGCUUGUGUUUAUUCUUAUUAAUGAUUGAUGAUAUUGCUCUGCACAAAAAGACAAUUUUUGGUGUUGAUUUGAAACAAUUUGGUUUGAUUGAGAAUAUUGAAAUUAUCAAAGCUGCCUUUUACUUUACCAGUUCGAUAGCCAUGUUCAGUAAGAUUGAAAGUAUUAAUCCACAUAUUAUCGAAUUAUUCUUAGAGAAUGGAACCAAAAUUAUUCCUGGAUUGGCAUUGAUGACACUUUCUCUGAGAAGUUAUGGUUACUAUUUCAAUGAGCCAGUACUGUAUAAUAUUCUUUCGACCAUGUAUUAUUAUUUGCUACUGAUUAACGGUGUAGCUUCUGUAGUGGCAGGUUUUGGUUUCUUGACAAUGGAUUCAGAGAGAUUCUUUGAAUUGCUUCCACUGGUUGGGAAAUCCUUGACCUCUGACCAUCCACUUAUUGCCAACACUUACCAGACCAUUGUUUCAGCAGUCAUUACACUAUUUGGUAUUCAAUCCAUUCAAAAGCAUUGUAACAUGGAGGAGAGAACAUUUGAGAGUGUACUUUCUUAUGUAUCCUCAACCAAGUUUGGAGCCUUCUUGAUUAGUUUGGGAUUAAUGUACUAUGGCAAGAGAGCUUUACAAUAUUCAUAUACUGGUCUUCCAAUUCACGACAUGAAUCAUAGUAAUCUUAUGGAUGAAUUUAUCAAUAUUUGUAUCAACUCGGUUGGUUUAUUGAGCAUCAGUGGAGGUAUUUCAUUGUUUGGUAAUGUUUUUGAUAUUGAACCAUUUAAGAACAUGCUGGAAUCAUCAAGUUCUCUUGUUGGAGCUCUUGCAUUGACCUUCUCUGGUUUCGCAAUCACAAAACACGAAGUUUCCAUCUAUAGAGAAAGUGAAAUUAUUGGACUACCAUCCUAUAAGGAUACACUCUUUGCAAUUUCAGCCUCUCUAUUCGCAUUGAAGGGAGUUUCUAUCAUUUUCGAAAAGAUUUCAACAAGAAAGAUUGCUAACACAAUCUACAGAAUGGGUUACAACAUUCUAGUGAGCUCUAGUUGUUUCUAUUUUGGAUUCAAACUUUGUUAUGAUUUUUGGUUCCCAAAUAUUGAAGCCCUAUCACUAAAAGCAUCUUUUGAUCCAAUGAUUAACUUGGGAAUGAUUACUAUUGGUAGUGCCUUCCUCUUCUCAUCAGGAGGUAAACUCAUUGGUGACAUGUUCGAUUGUAGACACAUCCAAUUGAAACUGAAUCAAAAACCACUUUCAUGGAGUGAAAAGAUGAAAUAUUACCUGAAGAAUGGUCUCAAAUUUGUGCAUCAGACAACAUGCAAUGCCAUCAAUACUAUUUUCCAUUGGGGAUAUUAUGAUGUGAUCAAGAAAAUUCUCUAUCGUUCUUCAAGCAAACCUUUUUUAACACUUUCUACUUUGGGUUUGACUAUUGGUUUAUUUUCAUAUAUUAACAAGUUGCAAUUCCAACAAUUACAACUUCAAACACAAAUCCACAAUUUAUCAAAAGUUUCAAAAGUUUAA